AUGUUAUUACAGUCGCACACAAUUCUUUUGGUUCAACCGGGACAAAGACCUGAGACGAGAACAUAUUCAGACUACGAAAGCGUUAAUGAUUGUAUGGAGGGUGUCUGCAAGAUAUACGAGGAACAUUUAAAACGGAGAAACCCAAAUACGCCGACAAUAACAUAUGAUAUUUCACAACUAUUUGAUUUUAUAGACCAAUUAGCAGAUCUUAGUUGUCUUGUGUACCAAAAGUCAACCAACACCUAUGCUCCAUACAAUAAAGAUUGGAUAAAAGAAAAGAUUUAUGUAUUACUACGCCAAGCAGCUGGACAAGGUGAUUAA